GUUGCAAUGGAGGAAGAGUGGGAAGAGGAGGAACAGUUAGUUGUGGCGGAGCUGUCUGGAAUGAUCAGCUCGGAUUUACUCUCCAAUCGACGGGGCGAGUGUAAAAUAGUGGACAUUGACAGCGAGCAGCCCAUGAUGCAGAAAAUCAUUUCUGAGCGAACAACACAAAACAAUGAGGCGGAUGGGCUACAACAGCAGAAGACCCCUCCGGGUACCACUACGGUCAGCUUUGAACAGGAUACCGAGGCUGCAGUGGGCACAGGCUCACCAAAACUGGACAGUAAACAAUUGGAAAAACAUUGCCUGGUCUGAUGAAUUUUGAUUUCUGCUGCGACAUACAGAUGGUAAGGUCAGAAUUUGGCAUAAACAAUAUGAAUCCAUGGAUCCAUUGUGCCUUGUGUCAACAGUUCAGGCUAGAGGUGGUGGUGUAAUGGUGUGGAGAAUGUUUUAUUGGCACCCGUGAACUGCCAAAAUACAAACAAUACAUCACAUGCCCCACCAGAGAAAGAAAUAUCGCUCUGUCCCACGUGCAAUUUUGGAUUCCUGACAUACAAGCAGAAACUAAAAUCAGUUAAGCCUGUAGUAAGGACUGUAAAGAGAUGAAUCUACAAGCCUGCUUUGACUGUACUGAUUGGAAUGUUUUUGAGGCUGCAGCCUGGACAUACCUGGACGAGCUUACAGAUACUGUGACAUUAUAUAUCAGUUUCUGUGAGGAUAUAUGCAUCCCUACUAGGACAUUUUUAUCAUUCAGUAACGAUAAACCAUGGUUUACAAGAAAACUCAGACAGCUUCGUCAGGCCAAAAAGGAUGCUUGCAGAUGUGGGGAUAAAACAUUGUACAACCAGGCCAGGAACACAAUUAAUAAGGAAUUCAGAGUGGCUAAAAGAAGCUACUCUGAAAAGCUGAAAAAACAGAUUCCAGCCAAUGAACCUGCAUCUGUGUGGAAAGGCCUAAAAAGCAUCACCAAGUACAAGACACCUCCCCCUCACUCUGUAGAGAGUCAACUAAUGGCUGUUGAACUGAAAGUGUUUCACUGCAGGUUUGAAAAGCCCAGUCUCACACCCUUCCCCUGCUCUGAUCUUCACUUCACACACACACACACACACACACCAACACCUUCUGGAACCCCCCUCCUGCUACUCAAUCUGCACUUAUGAUCUGUGAGGAGGAUGUGUGCUGGGUUUCUCAGAAGCAAAAACUAGGAAUGCUUCAGGCCCAGACGGUGUUUCACCUGCCUGUCUGUCUGAAAGUCUGCGCUGACCAACUGACCCCCAUCUUCACACAGAUCUUCAAUAGAUCACUGGAGCAGUGUGAAGUUCCCUGCUGCUUCAAACGCUCCACCAUCAUUCCGGUCCCCCAAAAAACCCAAAUCACAGGACUUAAUGACUACAGACCUGCAGCUCUCACGUCUGUGGUCAUGAAGUUGUUUGAAAGACUAGUUUUGGCCUACCUGAAAGUCAUCACUGGACCCCUGCUGGACCCCCUUCAAUUUGCUUACUGAGCUAACAGGUCUGUGGAUGAUAUUGUCAGUAUGUGACUGCAUUCUGUCCUGCAACACCUCGACAGACCUGGGACUUAUGCAAGGAUCCUAUUUGUGGACUUCAGUUCUGCCUUCAAUACCAUCAUGCCUGAUCUUCUCUCAAGCAGACUGACCCAGCUCUCCGUGUCCACCCCAAUCUGUCGAUGGAUCACCAGCUUUCUAACAGAUAGGCAGCAGCUAGUGAGACUGGGGAAACUCACAUCCAGGACCCUCACUAUUAGCACUGGUGCUCCUCAGGGAUGUGUUCUCUCUCUCCACUGCUCUUCUCCCUGUACACGAAUGACUGCACUGCAAAAGACCCCACUGUCAAGCCCAUGAAGUUUGCAGACGACACCAUGAUCAUCGGCAUCAUCCUUGACUGUGACGAGUCUGCAUACAGAUGGGAGGUUGAUCAGCAAAAGGUUGAUGGCUCUCUGGUGUAGUCACAACAACCUUGAGCUGAACAUGCUCAAAACUGUGGAGAUGAUAGUGCACUUCAGGAAAAAUCCCCCACACUUGGCAAGAAAUCUCAUUCUGAUUAGGCACCUUAACACCAAUUGAGCAUCGUUUAAAUGCCACAGCCUACCUGAGUAUUGUUGCUGACCAUGUGCAUCCCUUUAUGACCACGGUCUACCCAUCUUCUAAUGGCUACUUCCAGCAAGAUAACGUGCCAUGUCACAAAGCACACAUCUUUUCAAACUGGUUCCAGGAACAUGACAAUGAGUUCAGUGUACUCCAAUGGCCUCCACCAGAUCUCAAUCCAACAGAACACCUUUAGGAUGUUGUGGAAUGGGACAUUUGCGCCAUGAAUGUGCAGCCGACAGAUCUGCUGCGACUGCGUGAUGCUGUCAUGUCAGUGUGGAGCAGAAUAUCUAAGGAAUGUUUCCAGCACCUUAUUGUAUCCAUGCCACAAAGAAUUCAGGCCGUUCUGGGGGUAAAGGUGGGACGGUAUCUGUUUGCCGGGGAAUACGAGAAUGCCAUCGGAACGUGUGUGAUUUUUGAAGAAAAGUGCCAGGACUGUGCAGACUUGAAGCCAGUCCUUAAAUACAAAUGUCACACAAUGAAGAAACUGAUGCUGCAGAGGACAUUCCUGUCGGAAUGUCGGAAACAGGAUGAGCCAGUCUCUAAUCGCAUUGAAGUGCUGGCUCUCAACGAGGGAGAAGUAUUUGGGGGUCGGGCGAUCGCAGUUUGUCACUAUUUGGAUCCGUCAGAGACCGAGAAAUCUGUGCUUGAUGAAUCAAAAGUUUGCGAGGGCUCUGAGAUGAGUGAUGAAUCGCCGGCUGAGAUGGAUGAGACUGAGGCAGGCACUGUGCUUUUAGACAACUUCACAGAGGAGACGAUAGACACAACAGUGAAUGCCAGUAUCUGUUCUCUACAGGCGUCUACACAAGAAGGGGACGUAGGGUCUUGAAUGACAAAUCAAGUCUACUCGAUUAUACAUGUAAAUACAUAUUCUUUGGUUUAUAAUAACAGUUGGUUUGUAUUUAUAUUUCAAGACAAAAUAAAUCCAAUAUGGAUGUAAUACUUUACUCUUUUUAUAGAAAGAUACAGUAUGCAGGUCAUUUAAUGGGAAUUAAUUUAAGUGAAAGAAUAAAACAAACUCAUGUCACUUUAGUGACAGCGUUUAUUUGUGGACCAGUCUCUGUAAAGCAGGGACCAAGCAUUGGUUUAGAUUUGCGUCAGAAAGUAUUUUUUUUUCCUCCCCAAUUUGGAAUUCCCAAUACGCUCUAGGUCCUCGUGGUAGCGUAGUGACUCACCUCGAUCCGGGUGGCGGAGAAAGAAUCUUAGUUGCCUCCUCGUCUGAGAUGUCAAUCUGCGCAUCUUAUCACGUGGCUUAUUGAGCGCGUUACCGUGGAGACAUAGUGCAUGUGGAGGCUUCACGCUAUUCUCCGCGGCAUCCACACACAACUCGCCACACGCCCCACCGAGAGCGAGAACCACAUAGCGACCACGAGGAGGUUACCCCAUGUGACUCUACCCCCCAGCAACCUGGCCAAUUUGGUUGCUUAGGAGACCUGGCUGGAAUCACUCAGCACACCCUGGAUUCCAACUUGUGACUCCAGGGUUGGUAGUCAGCGUAUUUACUCGCUGAGCUACCCAGGCCCCAACGUCAAAAAGUAUUACUGAAUGCAACAAGCGUAAGUGAGAGACAGCAAACUAAAGGACCAGGAAAUUCUGAAUAAAAGUAGAAAUUAUUCAAUCAUUUUUAGAAAUCACAUAUUAAAUGCAGCCUACUAUUUAUAUCAGAUAUUGACUAACCAUUUUAGGCUGUGAAUUGUAAAGCAGUACUUAUUCUGUAUGGACAAAUGACUAUUUUAGCUUCUUGAUUACAGAAAGGUACUGUAAUUAUGUGUUGCAUGUAAGAGAAUAUGUCAGACAGGAAAGUUGUGAAGACAAGGCCAAUGAGGAGAGAUGAUCAAGGAGAAAAUGGCUCAGGAGCGAGCAGACAAAUGUAGAUAAGAAGUCUUUAAGAAUAGAAAAACUACAGAAGCAGCAUACAAACUG